UAAUCGCUGUUUUCUGUUAUCAUUUUAAGAAAAUAAAUUUUAAUCAAACUCGUUGACUUCAACUGCCGAGUUCAUCACAUUUAAAUGUGUUACAAGUGUCAAAUUUGCAUUAACUUAGUUCAGAAAUCUUUAUAGAAAUGCAACGCCGUAGAGCAGAAAAAAUUUUAACUAUGCUUCCCCCUGGUAAGGAUAGUAGUGAAAGUUCUGAUGAUGAUUCAGUUGAAUCAUAUCAUUCAAUUGGAGAAAUAUUAUGUGAAUCACCAUUACCUAUUGAGGCAAUAGAGAAUGAUGUAGAUGAACUUCUCAGAGAUAUUGAGUUAAAUCCAAUUGAUGAGUUUUUAGAAGAUUUUGAAGAUUUACAAUCUAUUACAAGUGAUAAUGCUGUUGCUGAUAUAAUAGAAAUAGAAAUACCACAAAAUAUAGAGCCACAUACUCCUACUCUUAUGAAUAAUAUAUCUUCAUCAGUUAGUAAAAAAAAAACAGUUUUAUCAUCCGAAUCUGCAAGAAGGUCUAAACGUUUGUUGAGAAAUGCAGAAACGCCUCCAAUUCCAUUACCAUGUAUGUCACCUGACAUUGAGAAUAUUAAUAUACUACCUAACCAAAGGAAAAAAAUUAGAAAAAUUGACCACAUGCAAUUUAAUUGGGUAGCCGGGAAAAAAAUGAAUUUUGAAGUUAAUGUUCCUGAAUAUGAAUUUCAUACACAACUUAAUUUUGUUGAUUAUUUAUAACUGAAUAAUAUCAGCUGUUAUUUUUACAUUUUAUAAGAUUUUUAUUUUAAAUUUAGCAAAAAGAAAUUGCUGUAAAAAUGUGUUAUAUUUUAUAUUUGUAAUAUUUUAUCUUCAUAUUGAUAAUAUUAGUUUUGAUUUUUUAAAUAUUUCUAUGUUAGUAUUAAUAAAAAACUAAUGUGAUAAUUAAAUAAAUGUGAUACUGUUCUGUGACAACAUAA